GUCGCCGUCCCCGCCGUGGUGGUCGCCACCAUGCCCAACAUCGUGCUGUUCAGCGGGAGCUCGCACCAGGACCUGUCCCAGAAGGUGGCCGACCGACUGGGCCUGGAGCUCGGCAAGGUGGUCACCAAGAAAUUCAGCAACCAGGAGACCAGCGUAGAGAUUGGGGAGAGUGUGAGAGGAGAAGAUGUCUACAUCAUCCAGAGUGGCUGUGGAGAAAUUAAUGACAACCUGAUGGAACUUCUCAUCAUGAUCAAUGCCUGCAAGAUUGCAUCGUCAUCCAGAGUGACUGCAGUAAUCCCGUGUUUUCCCUACGCCAGACAAGAUAAAAAAGACAAGGUAGGUGAGAGUCGUGCUCCCAUUUCUGCAAAACUUGUUGCAAACAUGCUGUCAGUAGCUGGUGCUGAUCACAUCAUCACUAUGGAUCUCCAUGCUUCACAAAUACAGGGCUUCUUUGAUAUUCCAGUGGAUAAUUUGUAUGCUGAACCUGCUGUGCUUCAGUGGAUUCGAGAAAACAUCCUAGAGUGGAGGAACUGUAUCAUCGUGUCACCCGAUGCAGGUGGAGCCAAAAGAGUCACAUCAAUUGCUGAUCGACUAAAUGUCGAAUUUGCUCUGAUUCACAAAGAAAGAAAGAAAGCUAAUGAGGUGGACAGAAUGGUCUUGGUUGGCGAUGUGAAGGACCGGGUCGCUAUCCUCGUGGAUGACAUGGCUGAUACAUGUGGCACAAUAUGCCAUGCUGCAGAUAAGUUGCUCUCUGCCGGAGCCACUAAAGUUUAUGCUAUUCUUACACAUGGAAUCUUCUCUGGUCCAGCGAUUUCCAGAAUCAACAACGCUGCUUUCGAGGCUGUUGUUGUCACCAAUACAAUUCCACAAGAGGACAAAAUGAACCACUGCUCCAAGAUUCAGGUCAUUGACAUCUCAAUGAUUUUGGCGGAGGCAAUCCGAAGAACACACAAUGGAGAGUCUGUGUCUUACCUGUUCAGCCAUGUUCCUCUAUAACCGCGGAGUGUGGCGUGCCUUCCUCUGGGCCGGCUGAACAACUCCACUUUGUUUUUUUGUCUUUAAAUUUUUGGGACUCAGAUCAUGAAUGUUUGUUAAUGCUUCAGAGGUUACUCUUCUUCUUAAUCCCCUAACUUUUUUGUAAUGGGACAGUCACCUGUACUCAUGCAGCGGUUAGGGGGCUGCAAUUUCAGUCGUAAUUCCAUUUCAACCGUUAGCUAUUAUUUGUUUGUUUCUGGGAAAUGCCAAAGGCAUUUAUUUCUGUAUUAAAGCAUUUCGUUUAUUAGUUUUAUAUUUAAUAAUACUGCCUAUGGACAUUAGGGUGAAGCCCUUGCUAUAUAGAUUGGCCCCUUACCUCCUGCUUGAGCAGCAGAAGACUUCAGUACUACUUUCCCCCCAGUGCUCUGGGGGUUUUUUGACCAAAUUAUUUGUUUACUAGAAGGUGUCGACCACCUGCUAGGAAUUUUUUAGUGCUGAGGAUUGGGGGUGUGGCUGCAUGAUAUGGCAUCUCCCUCCUUACGGAACUUCCUGGCCCUGAAAUCACUUGUAAGUGCAAUCCUCCACCCUCAGUGCAUUGCCAAGUAAGUCAGUCCCCAUUUCAUUUGUCUUUUCCUGAAUGUAACUGCAGCUUCUAUCUACUCUUCCAGUUUGUAGGAAAGCACAAUAAUGGACUCCUAGAUUAUAGUAAAGUACCACUACUGGAGGGGAUUGGGUGGUAGGGACCUUAAACCCUCUCAAUCUUCAGCCCUCUUUUUUCCCUUUAGCUUAUGAGAGAAGGGGGAGCCUAUUUAGAUGCAUAUUUAUAUAGCGGCUUUCAGGAUUAAUAGUUACUUGCACUCUGAAGUAUUGUAUCACUCAGGCAACUGGCUCUCUUCUUUUGUCAUCCAUGGGAAGAUGGUACUCUGUUUAAAAAAAGAAAGCCGCACUUAUUUUCUGGGUAGGAAAUCAGGGAGCAGCAAGGGGCCAAACUACGCAGCCAAAGAAAGGGUUGAACAGUCAUGAUUUGCACUCAGGUAGUGUAAGCCCCUCCGGCCAAGAAGUGUAGGGGUAGAUCUGGCCUAAUAAGAACCGUUAGCGUGGCUACCUUCUAGUGUUUGUGGCACGUAAAAAAUGUUCUGUAAUCUUCAUCCGUGAAGUUGAAAUUCAGCUCUGUUGAAGUACAGAAACCUUGUUCAACUGACAGCAGUGAAAGCACAGUCCCAAACGUUUAGAUGAGAAAAUGUAACGAGGCACCUUCCCUUUCAGCAGAAUUAAAAAUGCUCCACUUGAGUCUACUCUCUUAGCCUGAUAAAGAAACAAGUUAUGUAUAUUUAGUUUUGUGGAAGUGUUAACAUAAUGAGCUUCUUUGGUAAACAAUCCAUAAUAACAAACCCCAAGUCCUUUGGGAAGAAAAAAAGUAUUCUGCUGAUAAAAUUCUGCAGUUUAAGGUAACUGUCUUGUUGUUAUUUAACAUGAUUUUAUAUGGGUUUUUUUUGUUGAUUAACUAGAGUUUAUGUAAAUUUUAAGUCCCUAAAAGUGGCCAGGUAGUCACUAUACCAAAGCUGCUCACCUCAAAACUAGUUCUAUCAAAGUUAUCACUUGUGGUCCUUCUCCAAUAUUGUGCUCAAAUAUUUUCAAUAAAAUGGUGUUGUUGAACUGUU